AAACAGUGGUGUUGGGCCUUUUUCCAGGCAGCCUGUUUCAAUUCUCUGGCUUUACCUGGCAUCUUUGCAUUUUUAGCUGAUGCCCUUUUGGUGCUUUCCUUUCAGACCCCCCUAAAGAAGACUAAUGCUCUUAUUGCCCAGAUGGGAAUAACCUUUGUCAAUGCAUAUGUCCCCAGUGCACUUUGCUGUCCCAGUCGAGCUAGCAUUUUAACAGGAAAAUAUCCACAUAACCAUCACGUUGUCAAUAACACGCUGGAAGGGAACUGUAGCAGCAAGUUAUGGCAGAAGAUUCAAGAACCAUACACCUUCCCUGCAGUGCUCAAAGCUAUGUGUGGUUAUCAAACGUUCUUUGCUGGAAAGUAUUUAAAUGAGUAUGGAGCAGAGGAUGCAGGGGGAGUAGGUCAUGUCCCUCCUGGAUGGAGUUUUUGGUAUGCUUUGGAGAAAAAUUCAAAGUACUACAACUAUACUCUCUCCGUAAAUGGCAAGGCACGAAGGCAUGGUGAGAACUACAGCGUAGAUUAUCUGACAGAUGUACUGGCCAACAUGUCAUUGGAUUUCUUGGAGUACAAAUCUAAUUUUGAACCUUUCUUCAUGAUGAUCGCAACCCCAGCACCGCACUCCCCUUGGACACCUGCUCCACAGUAUACAAAGAGCUUUCAGAAUGUCAGUGCACCAAGAAACAGCAAUUUUAAUAUUCAUGGCAAGAACAAGCACUGGUUAAUUCGACAAGCAAAGACUCCAAUGAGCAACUCUUCAAUACAGUUUCUUGAUGAUGCUUAUAGAAAGCGGUGGCAAACUCUGCUGUCAGUAGAUGACCUGAUAGAGAAACUAGUGAAGAAAUUGGAAGUCAACGGAGAGUUAGACAACACGUACAUCUUUUACACAUCAGACAAUGGCUUCCACACUGGCCAGUUUUCUUUGCCAAUAGACAAACGGCAGCUCUAUGAGUUUGAUAUCAAAGUUCCACUGCUAGUUCGAGGACCAGGGAUAAAACCAAAUCAGACAAACAAGAUGCUUGUUGCAAAUAUUGAUUUGGGUCCCACUAUUCUGGAUAUUGCGGGAUAUGACUUGAAUAAGACCCAGAUGGAUGGGAUGUCACUGUUGCCACUGUUGAGAGGAGACAAAAAUGUCACAUGGAGAUCAGACUUCUUGGUGGAGUACCAAGGAGAAGGAUACAAUGGCAGUGAUCCUACCUGUCCUGGCCUAGGACCUGGAGUCACACACUGCUUCCCAGACUGUGUCUGUGAAGAUUCCUAUAACAACACGUAUGCUUGUGUAAGGACACUGUCAGCUUCCUGGGAUCUGCAGUACUGUGAAUUUGAUGACCGGGAGGUGUUUGUGGAAGUGUAUAACUUGACUGCAGAUCCACACCAGAUCAAUAACAUUGCUAAAACAAUUGAUCAAGAAAUUCUAGAAAAGAUGAACUAUCGACUAAUGAUGCUGCAGUCCUGCUCAGGAGCAACGUGCCGUACACCAGGUGUCUUUGAUCCCGGGUACAGGUUUGACCCACGGCUCAUGUUCAGCAAUCACGGCCUACGCGCUCGGAGGUUUUCUGCACAGUUCUUGUAAGACCCUUAAGAGCCUCUUGCAAUGGGCUCCUACUGACCAGUUUCUCCAGUGACUGCAGCAGGUCUGUCUCUAACUUUCGCUGAUUACAGCUGGAAGACUUUUAAUGGGCUUUUCAAACCCUGUUUGGAAGGAAACCCCUUGUCUUUAGCUGGUUGCCUUGUGCAAUAUAUAUAUUUUACAGCUGAACUCUAACUGUAAAUUGUUAGACACAGCUAAUCUGUCUUGCUCAGAUCGUUGAUUACCACCUUUGUCUUUUGAGUACCUUUUCAUAUCACAGUCACAGAGGUGAACCUAUGCCUAUGAAUCUGAACAGUUUAUUUUGUUCUAAAAAAUAAAUAAAUGUGUAUUUGAAUCAGGUUAGAUAGGCAGGUGCUAUUGCACAGUAAUGCUCACCCAUAUUCAGUGUCACAGACCUUCUUAAAAGCUAUGCUUAAUUAUAGGUUUCCUGUACUGAGCUCCAGGC